GGACAUGGCUGUUUUCUGUCUCCUGUGUGGGAAGCGCUUCCAGGCCCAGAGCGCGCUCCAGCAGCACAUGGAGGUCCACGCGGGCGUGCGCAGCUAUAUCUGCAGCGAGUGCAACCGCACCUUUCCCAGCCACACAGCUCUCAAGCGCCACCUUCGCUCACACACAGGUGACCACCCAUACGAGUGUGAGUUCUGUGGCAGCUGCUUCCGGGAUGAGAGCACACUCAAGAGCCACAAGCGCAUCCACACCGGGGAGAAGCCCUAUGAGUGCAAUGGCUGCGGCAAGAAAUUCAGCCUCAAGCACCAGUUGGAAACGCACUACAGGGUUCACACAGGUGAGAAGCCCUUCGAGUGCAAACUCUGCCACCAGCGCUCCCGAGACUACUCGGCCAUGAUCAAGCACCUGAGAACGCACAACGGCGCCUCGCCCUACCAGUGCACCAUCUGCACGGAGUACUGCCCCAGCCUCUCCUCCAUGCAGAAGCACAUGAAAGGCCACAAGCCGGAGGAGAUCCCCCCCGACUGGAGGAUAGAGAAGACGUACCUCUACCUGUGUUAUGUGUGAAGCAGGGACCCCCCCCCCCCACAUAAGAUAGAGCAAUGGUGGGAGCCCGCAAAGAUGAGCUAGAGCAAGAUAAAGUGGAAAGACUGUGCAGAGAAAAGAGGGGGGAAUAGAAAAGAAAAAGAGAGAGAGAGAGAGAGAGAGAGAGAGAGAGAGAGAAGGAGAAGGAAACUAAGUAGUUACUUGGCCUUGGAUUCCUUCUGGGACUCUAGGCCAUCUGGCUGUCAUGCCGCUGCUCCUUUCUUGGGGUUUCUACCCAACUUGGUUCUGUUGGGUGGGUGGGGUGGUUUUGCUCAUUCACACAGUGGCAUAUUUUUCUCCUCUCCGCAACCUAGACCUUCCUUUUUUUGUCCAGAAAUGGAGCCCAAAAAGCAAGUGCGAGGUCCUUGGGUCAGAGCCACUGCCUCUGCCCUCACUCCUUCCUUCCCCUCCUCGGAAGAGGGCAGGAAGGGAGCAGAGAGGGCCACUGGGAGCGGUGAGAGGUGGUGUCUCUGGUUGACUGCCGCUCAGAGUGGUGGCUCUGGAAGACUGGGGGGCAGACUGGGAAGAGAAAGGGCUUCCUGCUCUGCCCAGCCCUGCCUGCUGCCCCUCAUGGUCUUCGAGAGCCCCAUGGCUCGCCUCACCCUUCAGCUCCUUGCACCUGCUUGAUGGCUGUCCUCUGGUCACAAGGGUCUCACUCCCUGUGUGGAUCUGGACUGUGUCUUCCUUAGGUCCCUCCUGGGGAAAACUGUGUCAGAUUCCAAAACCCCUUCCUUCUUUCCCUUAGCUUUCAGAGAACACAGAACAAAAUAAAUCCGCACUGAACCCCAGCCAAACCCCCUCAUGUGCAAGAUCCCUGCUGACCUGCUUUCUGCUUGCAAAAAGGAAACAAAACAAAAACCAACUAAAUAUAUUCCAUCCCACCAUCCAAACAAGCACACAUCACCGCAACCUCACUUGGGCCCCUAGGGGAAGGAAUGCCAUCAUCUUAUUGAAAAGUCCCAUUGCCAGGAGAAGUGGAUACUCUCCUGCAGGUGAACUUUACCUGCCGGAGGGAGGGAAUGGAUGUCCUGACAGAGCAUGGUGGGGGGCGCAGGGUGGAGGGGAGUUGCUAUCACAGUGAGGAUCUUUUAACCCCAGAUCUGGAAAUUAGCACUGAAUUCCUGGCUUGGGGCCUGGCAGUCUCCAGGGAGCAGGGAGGAGGAGCCGAACGCGCUUUGGCCUCUUGUUACUUUUGCUUUUAGCACAUUGUACUUGAAUUACCUCAGUUUUUAUUUUUUGUGACCUCAUGAGCUUUUUAACCCCCUAUCUCUUUUUUCCCCCCUUUGGUUGGGUGGGGAGGGUUGUUGGAGGAAUGGGGAGAGUGUGUCUUUCUGUCUUUCCAGCAGAAGUUAAUAGUUGGCUUUGAAUCUGAUCUGGUAGAAAACCUCCCCUUCUCUGGUGGACCACUCAGGAUCAGAAUGGCAGGCCAGGAGGGCUGAGGAGGUGGUAGGAAUGGAGAGAAUAUGACAAUUGGGUGGGUUCUCAGGGCCCCUGUAGGGUCACGUACGGGUCAUUCUUGGCACCGUCCAGGGCUCAGACUAUCAGUGCCCAGCUUUAGGUCAGCCUGAAACACUUUAGAGGAAUGUCCCACUGGUUGUAGAAUUAUCAGGGCUGUUCAGGCUUGGUGGGGCAGAGGGUGGGCUGUUACUAAGAUCUAUACAACCACACAGUCCCCUCCUUGUGCUGUUACCACUGCCAAAAUUGGUAUAUUUUCAUGGCUGGUAUGUAUGUGAGGAGCGGACCAGCCUGGUUUUUGUUUUUUGUUUGUUUGGUUUUUUUUUUGGGGGGGGGGUUGCUGGGUGGGGGAUUGUUUUUCUAAAAGCUACCUCUUCUGUUUGUCCAGUCUUUCGUUCCUUCUGCAGUUCAGCCUCCUCCCACCCUCCAGCCUCCCCACCCUGAAUUUUGGAAAGCACAUUUGCAGUAAUACCUUUUGCUUUGGGAUGAGCCCUCCCUUUCAUUUCAUGCUUAUGUAUAACUGUUGCUUUCCUCCUCCUCCUCCUCCUCCUCCUCCUCCUCCUCCUCCUCCUCCUCCUCCUCCUCCUCCUCCUCUUCCUCUUCCUCCUCGGCUUUCUCUGAGACAGUCAUAGCUGUGUUUUGAUCUUAGGGUUUAAAACGUGGUUUAGGGAAGCCGUCGGCAGGGGCAAAGGCCCAUGAAGAAUAGCAGAAGGUCCGAUGGGCGCUGCUGUAACCACUCCCUCUGUCCCUUGGCCAAGCCCCUGUCCCUCCCAUCUUCCCCUUCAAUCUCAUCUGCCAUAUCUGAAGGCCUUAAAAAGUGUGUGUUGGGAGGAUGUGGUUUGCGGGUGCUUGCCCCUCCAGUGUGAAGUAGGGAUGGCAAAGUACAGGGGGCGCUAUUUCUGAACUAUAGUUAGUAAUGACUUAGUGCUUUGGGGAGGCAAAAAGUUUAAACUUGAAACAUGUGACCAGAACCGUUGUCAUGUUUAAAAUGUGAAAAGAGAAUCUUUCUAGGGAAGAGCUAUCUGUAAAAGUCCUUCUGCACUGUGGCUUCCUCCCCCAGACCAGGGGGAUAAAGUGGGAGCUGCUGACCUUUGGGGGCUCUGUAAAUCUCAGAAAACAGUAUUUUUAGCAGUAAGAUGUCAUUCAAAAUUGGUGGUGGGUAGGGGGAGGAUAGCCAACUGUUCCAUAGAACUGACUGGUCCCUUGCUUCCCAGCCCUUCCCACUCAGCCUACCCCUCCCACCCCUCCUUCUGCCCAAUCAUAAAAGUUUGAGACGGUUGAGCAGAUCUUUGCAAACUGUAAUAUUUUUGUAGUAUUUGUUAGCUCCUUCUUCAGUUCUGCAGGACCUUGCUCUUUCCUUUUGUAAUGUGAAUAGGAAAAAAAGAUUUUAAAAAAGAAAAAGUUAAAAAAAAGUUCACCACCAUCAAUAGCAAAAUAUCCCUUUGUACGUAUGUGCAUGUGUAUAUGUGUGUAUGUGCUUGUGUUGUGUGUGUGUGUGUGCGUGCUUGUGUCGUGUCCUGUGUCUGUGUGUGCGCGCGCAUGCGCUACUGGAGGUGAAUCCAUGCUGCGUUGUCUGUGCUGCUGUCUCAGUGUUGGAUGGUACUCACUCAGCACCUACCUGCCCUGUCUGUCCCUGAGGAUUCUGGGAAUCCUAGUGGAGGCAGGGACAGCUUAGAAAGGACACUUUCCUUGUUUCCCUUGCAGCCCGAACCCCAAGAUGUUCCAGCAUGCCUCUCCUCCAGCUCCCACUCACAAAGAGGAAACAGUUUUCAGGUUGCCAGGGCCUUUUCUGCUGGGCUUGAUGGCCACUGGGCAGGUAGGGGGCUGUUGGGAAGCUUUCUGGAGCCCCCACAAUUGGGGAAACUAGAAGGAUGGCGGCACUUUCCGUCCCAGGGAAGCUGGAAUUGUAUUUAUUCCACUCCUCUUUGAGACUUCUGGUUUGUCAUUCUCUGCCUUUGGUAGUAUUCUUACCGAACCCCAAUACUGCCUUAUCUGGCUCUGUGACCUUCUCCCGCCUAGCAAAUCCAAGCUGCUCACUGGUCCCUCCCCUUGCCCAGCUUCUACGAAUGAAUCCUUAGUGCGUUUGGUGACCCUGAUCCUUUCCUCGGAGUUCCUCCCCUCCUCACUCCUUUACGCAUUUAAAGCAUUAGAAUCCUAUGUGUAUAUGGGAUAGACAAAUAUAUAUAUAUAUAUAGAAAGAGAGAGAUAUAGCAAGAGAGAUAUAAAAUAGAAAAACGACAUUGCUGCUCGGCUGCUUUACAUGAAGAAGAGGAAGGCAGAUCUGGGUACGAGGGUGGGUCGAAAGGCUGGGGGAACCCAGUGAUUCAGUACAAUCCAGGGAUGCUGCACGGGCUUAUUUAAAUCUUUGUGCCUGAACAGUUUUUUUUUUCAUGUUUAGAAAAGAAAAAAAAAACUGCUGCAAAUUUUUACAAGUGUAUGGUACGCUUCCAGAUGCAAUGGGUGCGACCGGGUGAGAGGGCCAGGGCCCUUUGUUAGAGGGGAGCAAGCAGGAAGCACUUUUGGUCUUGGGCCAUUGGGGGGGGGGAGUAGAAUGGGUAGACUUUCGGCCAAUCCCCUGGCAAGCCAGACUAGGGUGGACACUGGGGACACUGAUAUGUGAGACAGAUGCAUAAAGAGCUGGGGUUCUGUUGGUUUAUUUUUCCUUCUGCUUGUUUUGCCACCCCCUUCCAUCCGGUCUCCUCCUCUCCUGGAACUUCCGGCUUGGCUCCUGUGGCUGCAACUUAUCUGGAGAUGCCCCUAGGAGGACUAACAGCAGAACUCAUGUGUGGAGGGGGGGAAAGAGAUGCCCAAAAGAAGGGUGCAGGGCAAACAGAAUAGAUGACAUCAGGGGAAAGGAUGAGGAGAAAGGAGUAAAAGCCCCAGCAAGCCUGCCUGCCUGCCAGCAGCUCUGAGUCCUCGGCUCCUGGGUGGCCCACUUUGCAGACAGGGUCCUUCCUCCCCGUGUGUAUCAUAGUGUUUGUUCACAUAGUGUUAUGCAUGCAUCCUUGUAAGGUGAAGAACCAUCAUGAUGCACCAUGCCAUCGCCCUAUAUAUAAAGAUAAAUAUAUAUAAAUAUAUGUAUGUAAGUUAUAGCACUGAGGGCCCUGCGGCCCUGCUGGACCAAGCAAAACUAAGCCUUUGGUUUGGGUGUUAUGUUUUGUUCCUUUUUUUUUUUUUUUUGCUUGUCUGAUGUAAGAGCACAAGUGCCAGUCCAAUUGCUUUGUAUCACAAAAUAGUGUUUUUUAAUUCAUCAAUGUUCUAGUUAAUGUCUACCUCAGCACCUCCUCUUAGCCUAAUUCUAGGAGGUUGCCCAAUUUUGUUUCUUCAGCUUUCUUGGUUCUUUUUGUUGUUGUACAAAUCAAUCUCCCCACCCUGGUCUCUUCCUCCUUCUUCCUCUCCUCACUCUCCCAAUCCUCGUCUCUCUCCUCACCCACGCUCUCUUUCCCUCAGGUCCUCCUCCCUCCUGUCAGUCCAUCUCUCCCUCCCCUUGCCUCACUUUCCCCCAGUCCAGAUUGCCAGUUCUUUCUGUCCACUCGAAGUACGCUCCCCCCCCCCCGAUUGCCGCUUAUCCACACCUGCCUUCGUUUUGUGUAGAUUGAUGCGUUUCUUUGUAACUUCAGUGUUUCUGACAAGAUUUAAAAAAAAAAAUAAGGAAAAAGACGACUUUCCUGCUGCAGGUUUUUUUCUUCAUGUGUCACUAAGUGAAGUUUGUGCCUUCUAUAGCAAAGAGAAUAUUUUUUACAUCCUACUAACAGUAGAUUUUUUUGUAGUGAACAUUUUUUGUAUUUUUAUUUAUAAGUCUCAUAAGAAAAAUAGCGAUGUUCAGUUGUAUACCUUGAAUCUGCAGUUAGAAGAGAAUAAAGUUAAUUCAGUUGUCUCUGGC